GAGCAGGAGGCGAGAGCUGUAAAGUUGGAACAAGUUUAAGACUCUUUUCUUUUGAAAUUGUUAAGCAAACAAACCAGAGAGACGAAGGGAGGAAUUUUGUUGCUGCUGUUGCUGCUGCUGCAGCAAAGAGUUUUCUCAGCAGCCAUGUGUGCGUAACGAAAAGGAGCAAAGUUCCUGGAUCUUCCUUUCGUUACUGUUGUUACUAUUUUUCUUUUUAAAGAGAAAGACAAACUUGGCCACCUUUUCAUUUGGCUUCCUUUGGGGUGGGAAGACUUUUGGGGCCAAUGGUUGGAUAAUCACAAGCAUAUAUAUAUAUAUAUAAUCCCUUUUCAAUAAUUGGGGGAAUUUCCUGGAUCAAGGCUUCAAUAGGAAAUCAAAAGCCCUCCUCCUAUUUUUGUUGUCCCCCCCCCCCGAGAGUCAGACCAUACCUGAGAGAAUAAAGCACCUUUGCAGAAGAUUUGCUCUUUUCCCCUUAAAAACAAAACAAAAACAAAAAAUCUUUCCUUUGGAAUAUUGUGAACACAUUUGUGGCCAUUGAAGGUUUGUGUGAGUUUGCUAAAAUGCAUCACCAACAGCGAAUGGCUGCCUUAGGGACGGACAAAGAACUCAGUGAUUUACUGGAUUUCAGUGCGAUGUUUUCACCUCCCGUGAGCAGUGGGAAAAAUGGACCAACUUCUUUGGCAAGUGGACAUUUUACUGGCUCAAAUGUAGAAGACAGAACUAGCUCAGGGUCCUGGGGGAAUGGAGGACAUCCUAGUCCAUCCAGGAACUAUGGAGAUGGAACUCCUUAUGAACAUAUGACAAACAGGGACCUUGGAUCACAUGACAAUCUAUCUCCUCCUUUUGUGAAUUCCAGAAUACAAAGCAAAACAGAAAGGGGAUCCUAUUCAUCGUACGGGCGAGACUCAAACCUACAGGGUUGCCACCAGCAAAGUCUCCUCGGAGGUGACAUGGAAAUGGGCAACCCCGGCACUCUCUCACCCACCAAACCUGGCUCUCAGUACUAUCAGUAUUCUAGCAAUAACCCACGAAGGAGGCCUCUGCACAGUACCUCUGUGGAAGUACAAACAAAGAAAGUUCGAAAGGUUCCUCCAGGUUUACCAUCAUCAGUUUAUGCUCCUUCUGCAAGCACUGCCGACUAUAGUCGGGAUUCGCCAGGCUAUCCAUCAUCAAAACCAGCAGCCAGCACUUUUCCUAGUUCUUUCUUCAUGCAAGACGGCCACCACAGCAGUGAUCCGUGGAGCUCCUCCAGCGGGAUGAACCAGCCUGGUUAUGGCGGAAUGUUGGGCAAUUCUUCUCAUAUUCCACAGUCCAGUAGCUAUUGCAGUCUUCAUCCUCAUGACCGCUUGAGCUACCCAUCACACUCCUCAGCAGAUAUUAAUUCCAGUCUUCCUCCAAUGUCUACUUUCCAUCGCAGUGGCACAUCCCAUUACAGCGCAACUUCCUGUACACCACCUGCAAAUGGAACAGAUAGCAUAAUGGCAAACAGAGGAAGUGGAGCAGCAGGAAGUUCACAGACAGGCGACGCACUGGGGAAAGCACUUGCAUCUAUCUACUCUCCAGAUCACACCAACAACAGCUUUUCAUCAAAUCCUUCAACUCCUGUUGGUUCUCCCCCAUCUCUCUCAGCAGGCACAGCUGUUUGGUCUAGAAAUGGAGGGCAAGCAUCAUCAUCUCCCAAUUAUGAAGGUCCCUUACACUCUUUGCAAAGCCGGAUUGAAGACCGCUUGGAAAGACUGGAUGAUGCUAUUCAUGUUCUCCGGAACCAUGCAGUGGGGCCUUCAACUGCCAUGCCUGGAAGUCAUAGCGACAUGCAUGGCUUAAUAGGGCCUUCUCAUAAUGGAGCAAUGGGAGGUCUUGGGUCAGGAUAUGGGACAGGCCUCCUUUCAGCCAAUAGACAUUCACUAAUGGUCGGGGCUCAUCGUGAAGAUGCAGUUGGGCUCCGUGGCAGCCAUUCACUUGUGCCAAACCAAGUACCAGUUCCACAGCUGCCGGUGCAGUCUGCUACAUCUCCUGACUUAACCCAGCCUCAGGAUCCAUAUAGAGGCAUGCCAACUGGACUUCAAGGACAAAGCGUAUCUUCAGGGAGCUCCGAAAUCAAAUCAGAUGAUGAGGGAGAUGAAAACCUACAGGACACAAAAUCUUCUGAUGACAAGAAGUUAGACGAUGACAAGAAGGAUAUCAAAUCAAUUACUAGGUCAAGAUCUAGCAAUAAUGAUGAUGAAGAUCUUACACCGGAGCAAAAAGCAGAGCGUGAAAAAGAAAGAAGAAUGGCCAACAAUGCUCGUGAACGCCUCCGUGUCCGUGACAUCAACGAGGCUUUCAAGGAGCUGGGCCGGAUGGUGCAGCUUCACCUGAAAAGUGACAAACCCCAGACCAAACUUUUGAUCUUGCAUCAAGCUGUCGCUGUUAUCCUCAGCUUAGAGCAACAAGUCCGAGAAAGGAAUCUGAAUCCUAAAGCAGCAUGCCUGAAAAGAAGGGAAGAAGAGAAAGUAUCUUCAGACCCUCCUCCACUUUCUUUGGCAGGACCUCAUCCUGGGAUGGGAGACACAUCUAAUCAUAUGGGGCAGAUGUAAAAAGGAAAAAAAAAGGUCCAAGUUGCCACAUUUUCUUCAUGUAAACCAGAGACCACUUCCUUAACAGCUGUAUUAUCUUAAAACCACACAAACACUUAUCCCCCUUUUUUGUAAUAUAAUAAGACAAGUCUGAGUAGUUAUGAAUACAGACGCAAGAGAUUUCAGCAUUCCCGAUUCGAAACAAAAAAAGAAAAGAAAAAGAAAAGUGCAACUUGAGGGACACAUCUCUUCAACAUAUCAUUCAGAAUGUUUCAAGCAGUACAUUAGGAGCUGUAAAUGCACAGCCAAGAGACUGAAUGGCAAUCUUCUCCACACUGUGGGACAAUGCAUUUGUGCCUAAACUUCUUUUGGAAAAAAAAAAAUAUAAUUAAUUUGUAAGUCUGAAAAAAAUAUUUAAUUUAAAAAUUGUAAACUUGCAAUAAUGAAAAGUGUACUUCUGAAGAAAAAAAAUGAACGUUUUCGUUGGUGUACUAGUCAGCUAGUGUUUAUACUUACUGGAUAUUAAAAAGGGAAGCAUUGCUACCCAGAUAUUUACAAAACCAGCAAACGUCCUAAUGAAAACUGAAGUGAUAACAUUAGCCAUUCCUUAGGGUAGGAGGAACAGAUGGAUCUUAUAGACCUACGACACACACACACACACACACACAUAUAUAAAUAUAUAUAAAUAUAUAUAUAUAAAUAAAUAUAUAUAUUAAAAUUAGUGAAUAUGGUAAGCUUUUGUUCAUUUGUUUCAGACUUUUUGCUCCUGUAAAAAAAAAAAAGUACUGAUUAACUUUUUUAAAAAAAGAUUUUACUGUAAAUAAGGAAUCUUUUUUGCCCUCUUUCUCUCCUCCUUCCCCCGUUGGUUCUUUAUUGUAACCUGUAGUGCCAACUCUGUGUUGUUAGAGGGGCAGUUCAGGAUGAGAGGCUGACCCUGACAUUGUUUAUCAUUCAUAGAUAAAGUGAGAGUUGUUUCUUCCGUCUUCUGGGGAGAACAAGGGACUCGAGAAGUCGUAUCGCGCGCAGCUAAACUGCAAGCAAUGUUGCUGAGACUUAGUCCAAGCAGCCGUGGGGGGAGCGGGGUGGGCGGGAUCAUAAACGUUGCUCUCAUUAGACCCUAUGUCUGGGAUUUUUCAGAGGUACAAGGUUAGAAUGCUACAAUGUUACCACUGUGCCUUCCAAUGUUUAUAUCAUCGAAAAACAUAACAUAAUUAAAGGUGGCUGUGAUUUAACAAACCAGUAGAAGUGUUAACUUAAUGUGUGUAGCCUAAAUACAGUAUGCAGUGAGGCAUUUCAGAAUACAUGGGGGAGGGGGCUUCCAAUUGGGAAAAAUUCCUAGGUGAAUGACAGGUUUUGAUUUUAUUUUAUUUUUUAGUUUUAUAAAAUUCCAAACAGGAUUACUGAAAGGUAGACCAUAUGCUGCCUCCUCCUUCAUUCAUGAAUAUAUAUAUGCCAAUAUCUAGUUGUCAUGCAGCAUUAGAACAAGCCUUACCCGUUCUAAAGCAUUAAGUUGCACUUUCUUGAGGAGGGGGAGUAAUACAGUAUUUCUCUGGCCAGUAUGAAUCAAGGUUUUACUUAACACACAUAUAUAUAGUAGGAAGCAUAGAUCAAACCUAUGGCACAGCUGUUCAUCCAAUAACUAGCUUUGGGCACAACUGAACUAGUAUCCAUAGCAAAUCUUUGAAAGAUUGACUUUGAUAUAUAGAACAAUUAACACAUAGUGCUCCCAAUUAAGUCUUUGUCAGCAUCCUUUUGUCUCCAGUUCCAGCUUCAGGUUUUUUUUAAUAGCCACACAAACUUGGCAUGUAUUUUUAAAUGAAAUCUCCCCGUUCGAGUAGAUUUUUCCACCUAUCAGCACUGAGUAAACGCCAUAAGUCCAUUGAAAACGGUCUAGACGUUCCAUCUGUUCUCCUCUUUUUUGCCAGUUACAUAGUAAUGGGGGGAAAAUACAUUUGUAAAUUUUAUGCAACAAAAUGGCAAGCGUAUCAUUAUUUUGAAAUUGUGUAUGUAAAAGUUAUAUUUUUACAUGUAGACUCUUGUUAUUAUGUGUUUUAAUACAUUGUAUCAGUUUUUUGUUUUUUUAAAAAAUGUGUGGUUGAAACAAAUCUCAUUUAAAUAGUGAGAUAUAAGAAUCUGAAUUUUAUGUUUCUGAAAAACAUAAAGAACAAAUAUGAUAGUUUACCAUGUGAACCACCCUCUACAUAUCCAUAAACAUUUUGAUUACCUGUGUGUGUGUGUGUGUAUGUGUGUUGAAAACUGUAAAUAUAUUCAGUAGCAGUAAAACUUUAAAAUGCUUUUAUUUGUUGAUAAGUUUCUCAAAUGUGGAGGUGGAUUAAAACCAUUACAAUUAAAUGCAUAAUAGAACAGAGUUAGGCUUCCGUCAGGAGAACAAAUGAGUAUUUCAUUAUAAAGGCAGUACCUUUAAAGAGAUUUUAUUUAAAUUUGAAAUGGGUAUGGUAUUCUGACUCCUUUCAAAAGCUUGGUGUUCUGAAUACACUGUGGGAUUUUCUUUUAACGGUCAAGCAUAUGAAUGUUGCUCAGGAUUAAAGGUAAAAGAAAAUGCAAAUAGUGUUAGGGGGGCAUUGUUGGUUCAGGAGAUAAGGUUUUGCUAAAACAUCGUAACAAACCAAACUGCCAUCAAGGUCUACCUCCACUUUUACUAGUGUGAGGUUUUUCCAUUUACUUAACUCAAAAUUUUCUACCGCCCAGUUCAAUCUAUGAGUGUUGCCCACAUACCUUUCUAGAGGGUGAUAUCCUGAUAUGAGUCCUUCAUGAGAACUGAAGAUAAAAUUGCAAUUAGACGCAUAAAACAGCAAGAUGAAAGACAGGUAGCAAACACAAAUCAAAAUAACCACAAUGCUUUUUGUUUUACUAAUUGAUUAACUAGCUGCAUAUAUGUCAUUCUGUAAGCAUGCACAAGCAAGAUCACUCACAAUCCAUAAUAAAAAGGAUGGGUUUUUUUUAACCAUUAGUUCAUUGUGUGCUUCUGGGCAGAGCAAGAGCCUAAACGGGGUGGUUGUCUUGGCGAUGUAUACAGAACCAGGAGAUUUUUAGUUAUGUAUCAAACGGUAAUCUGGCCUGCAUGGUUUCCUGUUCCAUAAUGGAAUUUAAACUUGAAGAUGACUAGUCACACUGGUUUUUGUCGGUAUUUGUUUUUCUGCAUUCAGACAUCAGGAACUGCUUAGCCUUUGCUGCUGCCAUCAUUUGCAAACAGGUGUCUUCAGGGUUAGCUGUCACUUAUUUUAGUAGACCUGGUGGUGACUUGCCUGUAAUGACCAGGGAAGGCCAUGUGUUAUAUGGUAACAGAGGACAAAAACUAUUCUAUGGAAUACUGUCAAAACGUUUAUUGAGAGAUCCACCUCCACAUUCAAGUAAUUUAUAAAUAUGCUGAUUAGGGAACUGUGUUCAUCUAGAACUUCCUUUUUCCCUUUUUCUUUUCUUUGCUUUUUCUUUCUUGUUUUACAUUUGUCUUAUGUGUAGCUGCAAGGAACACUAAUGUUUAUACGACUGUCAAUUCAACCAGUGAUGCAACUUGUACCGAUGCAGUCUUCCGAUUUGUUUUGUUUGUUAAUUUCGUUUGGAGGGACGGGGACGGGUGGAAUGGGGUGGCAUUUGCAGGUUUCGUCUUCGGUCUGAUAGGCACAAUGCAACCUGUGCCGAAAAGCGAACAAUACAGUACAUUGCCAGGAAUGAAGAGAAUUCAUCAGGGGAGAAAAAGCACAAAUAAAUUAAACUUAGUCCACUGACUGACUUGAGGAGGGGUUAAAAUGGUAUUCUAAAGAUGGAAUGUGAUGAAUUCCAACACAAUGGGGCACCAAGACAUCUUUGGCUUCUUGUUUUCUUUCUUUUUCUUUCUUUUUUUUUUUUAAUUGACAGAUUCUUUCUCAUGGGACUUGAAGUUGAUUCACCUUUGUGCAGUGCUGGUUUGACCAUACUCAUUUCAAGUAUUAUAGACUUAUGUAAUGGUGAAAAUAUAUGAACUGUGGCCUUUUUCAUUCUUGUUACUUGUGAUGCAACUAAGUGAAGAUAAGAGAAAAAAAAGCAGAGAUUUACCAUGUAUCAGUGCCUGGCUUUUUGUUACAAAGCUUUGUUUGUCUAGUGACCUUUUUGCUAUAAAAUAGACUGUAGUACACCCUCGUAGGAUAAAAGAAAACCCUAAAUUUAAAAAAUAAAAAAAUAUAUUUGGCUUAUUUUUCACAGGAGCAAUCCUUUUAUACCAUGAAUAUUGCAAGGGGUGGGGAGGGGGAAUUGUUGGAUUCUGAAUAUUUCUUCUUUGUAGAUUUUUGGAAUCAUUCUGAGUAAAAGUUUGUUACUUUAUUUUACUAUUUAAAAGAUGUUAUUUUACCAUGUGUUACUGAGAUAAAAAUUGUAUGGUAGCUACUUCUUUUUUCUUUCUUUCUUUUUUUAGUUGUAGGUCGCAGUGGGGACAUUUUUUUGCGACUGUACACACAUAGCUGCAACAGUUAAAAAGAAACAGAAAAGAAAAAAAUGAAAAAAAAAGGGAAAAAUGAUAAAAGGGACAAAAAGAAAAAAGAUUUUAAAAAAACAGUUACACUUUGUUUUCAAUGUGUGGCUGAGUGCCUCAAUUUUUUCAUGUUUUUGGUGUAUUUCUGAUUUGUAGAAGUGUCCAAACAGGUUGUGUGCUGGAAUUCCUUCAAGAAGAAAAACACAGCUUGCUGUAGGCCAUUACCUGUUUCCCAUCUGUAGUUAUUCAAUGCCGUCAUGUACAUGACCGUUCUGUAGCAAUAAAUGUGCCAUUUUUAUAAACUGUU